AUGGCCGACAAGUUUGUCACCGCCCAUGCAAGGGCUAAAAAGGCGGAAGCCAGGGUGAAUGACAUAUUCAUCGUUAGGCAAUCGCCCGGCGAGGGACUCAGGGACUUCCUCACCCGGUUUAACAGGGUAGUAAAAAUACUAUACCAAGGGCACCUGAGGGAACUGAUGAGCGAUCGAGGACGAGCCAACUUCGGUCGCGAACGUGAACAACACCAGGGACCUCCAAAGCCACCCUUCCCCCCUCGUACAAUCCAAAGGAUCAUCAGCGGAGGCGAAGAGGCAUCAAUCAACCAUGUGAAGUUCACCACUACACACAAACUCAAGCGGUCGAUCACUCACGAACAGUACGAUGACCUCGAAGACAGUAUCAUCUUCGAUAAAUCGGGUACCGACGGUUUUACUUUCCCUCAUUUCGAUGCUCUUGUUAUUACUCUACGUAUUUUAGAUACUGAUGUGAAAAAAAUAAUGGUAGACGAUGGAUGCGGCACGUGUAUUAUCCACCCUCUAGUUCUCGUACAGAUGAGACUCGAAGACAAGAUAGUACCGUGUUGCAUAACACUAAUGGAUUUUAAUAAUGCAGUUGAGCGAACCUCUGGAGAGAUAACGCUACCUGUUCUGGCCAGGGGCGUCACCCUAUAA